CUGCAGCCACCGCCUCCUCCGCCUCCUCCUCAGUCUCGGCGGCCGCUUCCUUUGUUUUGCGUGAGGCCAGAGGCCGCGUGCCGGCCCGGGAACGGAACGCGUAUUUUUAUUAGGAGCAUCAAUACUGCAACCAUGCCUGAAAUAAAUACAAAUGAACUGGAUGAGCAGCAGGUAGAGUUGCUGGCAGAGAUGUGCAUCCUUAUUGAUGAAAAUGACAACAAAAUUGGUUCAGAUACCAAGAAAAACUGCCACCUGAAUGAAAACAUUGACAAAGGAUUGCUGCAUCGUGCUUUCAGUGUCUUCUUGUUCAAUACGGAGAAUAAACUACUAUUGCAACAAAGAUCAGAUGCCAAAAUCACUUUCCCAGAUUGUUUCACCAACACUUGUUGCAGUCAUCCCCUGAACACCGUGCUUGAAGUAGAAGAAAAGAAUGCAAUUGGCAUUCGAAGAGCAGCUCAGAGGCGCCUGAAAGAAGAGCUAGGAAUUCCAAUGGAACAGGUAACACCAGAAGAAAUCUUGUACUUAACCCGAAUCCACUACAAAGCUCAGUCCAAUGGGAUCUGGGGAGAACAUGAAAUAGAUUACAUCUUGUUUGUGCAGAAGAAUGUGACGCUGAAUGCAGAUCCCAAUGAAAUUAAAAGCUACUGUUAUGUGACACAGGAAGAACUGAAAGAACUCCUGGAAAAGGCAUCCCGAAAUGAAAUUAAGAUUACUCCAUGGUUCAAACUGAUUGCAGAGACUUUUCUCUUUAAAUGGUGGGAUAACUUGAAUAAUCUGAAUAGGUUUGUGGAUCAUGAAAAGAUUCACAGAAUGUAACAGUUUAUAGAAUAUGCUGCUCUAAAAACGAUAUAGUACCAUUUAAUAUUGAUAAAUGACAAUAUCUGAAGCACUAAUUAUAAGUUGACUGCAACAUAGGGAACGAAUUAGGAAUAAGAAGAUAUCCUGUGAAGGAAAUUUGAUUUUAUCUCUGGCUGAUUGUUAAAGCUCGAGUCUUUUCUGCCUUUCAUUUCUUGGAGUAAUUAUUUGGAUUAUUAACAAGCUUUCAAUGGGAAUGUAUUUGUUGAUAUAAUCACUAGAAUCUGAAAUUUGAAUACUGACUAGGCUACCAGUCAAAUUGAAAGUUAAAUCUUAGCCAGGAUACCCUCUAUUUUUCAGGGUAGGCUGUUUGCUGUACAGUAGUGAAGGAAUUAGUUAUUAGUCAGAAAUCCCAUUAGAGCCAGACAAACCCAAUGGUGUUCCCAGGCUAGUUUUGUCCUUGGCUUAAUGCAGGAGAGGGGGAUGCUAACAUGUGACUCUCCAUCAGCCCUAACUAGCAUAGCUGUUGAGAUUUCUGGUCUUAAAGGCUGCAUCUUGAAUGUCAUACUAAAGUCCAUGUUAGGGGAUAAGAGAAACACUACUUAAAUUCUGCCAACUCCAGAGCUGGCCUAUUUCAUCCACUCAUUUUCAAUUUUCUGGAGCGCGUUGGGUAAUAUGUAAGUGUGGUGUUAACUGCUCUAAUAGUAUCUGUUCACUUGUAAACUGUGCAUGACAAAAACCAUUACAGGGGUGGAACUAGGUGGUAUUCAAAAUGUAAAGUGAGAAUUUGUACUUCAGUAGUCUCCAAAUGUGCCUUCCUUUUUUGAAUUAUUUGCUGUAAAAAGGAAAGGAAUUCUGACUAUAAGGCCUGCCUAGUAACUUUUCACUUUACCUUAAGGGUGUUUCAUUUUCAGAUAGAACUAGAUAGUAAAAACUGUGCAUAUUCAGACAUACUGCUGUGUUCCAGAAAGCCACUGAUGUAUAUUUAAUCAUUAAAAUGACUGAAUCCUAA